GUAAGUCGGUUUGGAUAAAAGCGUCAGCUAAAUGUAAUGUAAUGUAAUGUAUAUUGUACAGUUCAACGUCACUCCACAUCCGGGUAACCUGCAGGAAUGCAGCAGGUAGUGUGGAUGAAUACCUGAGCAGGGCGGAGCUUCGCUGGCCCUGACAGACACCAGACCGACCUUUGAGCCCGGCAGAGGAAGAGAGACGGGAGGCGCGUGAAGUCACGUAAACGCCGCCAUGGCCACAGACUUCACUCAGGACACGCUGCUGCAUUUCCUCCAGAGCUGCGGAGGCUCGGUGAAAAACUCCGACCUGCUGCUGCACUUCAGGAACUUCAUCCGGGACCACGCAGACCGCAACCGCAACCGGGAGCUCUUCAAAAAGUUCGUCAACUCCGUGGCCACCGUCAGACAGGUCGACGGCGUCUCUUAUGUCUUUCUCAGGAAGAAGUUCAAAGGACAUGUCCCCGGUGGGGGCGGCGGGGGACGGGGCUCUGCCGAGCCGCGUCCGAGUCGAGUUCCCACUGGGAAGAACGCCGAGCCCUCCCCGGAGACCGGCGUCCUGAGCCCCGCGGGGAACGCGGCGAAACCUCUGCAGAAACCGCAGCGGAGGGAGGGGACGACACCCGCCCCGCCCGGAGAAACAACCAGAACAACCAUCCUACCCGUGGCUGGGCUCGUGCUCAACAACAACAACUAUGGGGCGACCAAUUUGAACCUGAAACCGCGACAGGUAAUCGGUCCAAAAGAACCUCCCGGUAGACCGGUGGCAGCAGCUCAGGUGGUGAGUCACGUCUCAAAGAAGACGCAUGUGAAGAGCCCCAGACCGCCUGAGCCCCCUGACCCAGACCAGUGCCCUCGAGGGGGUCAGCACAGGGUGGGUUUUGGUCUGCCCCCGGGGGACACACCUGUAGUGGCAGCAGUCAGUCACUAUGGAGAUAUCAGACAGCAGGUCCCGGUCCCCGAAGCCCCCAGAGGGAGGGAGGCCUGUCUGCAGCCUGAGGGAGCUCUUCAUCAGGGGCCUCCUCUUCAUCACUUCAUCAGUCUUGAGCCGCAGGAUGCCCCACGGCGCAUCAGGCACAGGCCGAGCUACAAAUCUGCCGUCUCUUAUGAUGAAGACCGGGAGGAAGAAGGGGAGGAGGUCCAGAUGAGGCCGGAUUCAGCAGGAGGAGCGUGGUCCCCGAGCACUCUCGGAGACUUGGGGCGGGCCUUCUCUGCCUCCUCGCCGUGCAUUGUAGAUCCGAAUGUACCCUCUGUCGUCUCACCCCCCUCCUCCUCUUCAUCAGAAAGGCAGAUCCAGAAGAUUUUCCUUCAGGAUGCGGAAACGAUGCCCCCUGGUGGGCCGGGCCAGUGCUCGCAGUCAGUGGCGGGGCUGAGAGGACGAUGGGCUGGGCCAGGAAUGGAACCCGGGUUGGUUCCAGCGGAGUCCACCAGGCGUAGCCUUCCCUUAGAGGCAGAGCAUUACGGUGCGUCGGCGGUGCCUCGUGAUGAUGUCCACGCAGACCGCCGGUACUCGCAUCCUGCAGGUGUCCAAUCGGAUCCCAGUCACGGGCUGAAUCCAGGCCAGGGGGCGUGGCUGUCAUCUAGCGCAGGCCUCUCCAGCAGUGAGCGGCUUGGCUCCCCCAGAGGACCGGGACAGAAUAGCAGCUAUGAAGAUCCACAAGCCAUAGCCGGUGUGACUGGGGGCGAGUCUCAAAUCCAUGAAGCCAUCCAGCGAGCCCAAAGGAAGAAGUCUGAGUUGGGGAAGCAUCAUGACGAUGGUAACCACCCCACAGGUCGUCUACAAGACGACCAGGAGGCCACAGCUCAUUUGCCACCAUUCCAUCACUCCUCGGACCAUCUCCAUGACGACCAGUACUCCACAGCCCGAGAAUGGCUCCUCUCCACAGGUGAUCUCCACGACCGGGAGGAGGUGGAGUCGAGCGAGGGCUCCAACUCUUCGCUGCCGCGGCCGCGCCCGGCCACAGCCAGGCGGCUCAGCAGCCAUUUGAGGAGCCGAAUGUGCCGCAGCCUGGGAGCUGACCUCGACCAGCUCCUCCAGGAGGAGGCGAGGGCCGGUGGAGGAAGCGAGGCGGCCCGGCUGAACCGCCUCCACCUGAUCUCCUCGUCGCUCAGCUUGCGCUACGACCUAUCGUCGUCCUCGCUGUCGUCCUGCUCCACGCCGCCUCGCUGCCACAGCCUCGCCGACCUGGACGAGGGGGCGGAAGGGAGACCGGGGAGGAGGAGGAGCUCUCCUACCGCCGCCGCCUCCUCUCCCACCUCCCCCUCUGCGCAACACGAAGGCUCCAGUCGACAGUCCCUGGUUCCUCUGGAGCCCAGGGAGCAUGCCUGGCUGGUAAAGGGGGCGUCGGGGGCCUGGCCCGACAUCUACACGCUGUUCAGAGAGGACUCGUCCCUGCUCAACAGGCAAGACUUCAUCUCUGGCUUUACCGUGCUGCACUGGAUCGCCAAACACGGCGACCACCGAGUCCUCAACACCUUAUGGUACGGAGUUCAAAAAGCUGGUUUGACGUUCGACAUGAACGCCAAGUCGACAUGCGGCCACACGCCUCUCCACAUCGCCGCCAUCCACGCCAACAAUAACAUAACACGGUUGCUGGUGACCAAGUUCAACGCGGACGUGAAGCUGAGGGACACGGCAGGAAAGAAGCCCUGGCAGUACCUGAGCCACGCCGCGCCCCCAGAUGUCUUCCAGCUGCUGGGAGCUCCAUCACGUCCUGCCGGCGGAGGGCAGGGAGGAGGCAGGACAGAGGCCCCCGGCUUUGAACAGGGCCAGACGCCUCGCCAGCAGCAGCAGCACCGCCGCCGCCGGCAUCACCUCUCCUUCGCUUCCUCGGGGGAGAAGCAACCGACCAUGACGGGCACGACGAGGGUCAAGAGGUCGUCAUCUAUCGCUGCGUUCCUCAAACACAAAUCGCUGCACCGGUUCCACGGACACCAGUCUGACUCUUCAAUUUAACACUCAACCGAUGGAUUCUUUCUGAAACUUGAUUUGUUUGCCGACUGCUCGACUGAACAACAGAUUGCUGUCCACUGGCCACAACCUUUUCAACUUGAGUUGGGAAUAACUCCAGCACGUCGUGUUCCACUGAGAGAGACUUGAUUGUUAACUAAGGGUGCAUGUACAACUGUAGUCUGGGUCCAAGGGGAAUAUAAUGUAUCGUUGCCUUAUUAAGAACACUGAGGAGUAUACACACACAACUGCAGUUGUUACUGCUUUUGAUCAGGGUCACCGUGGUUACCCAAUGGUUUGGCUAAAUGUAAACAACCAUUCUAAGAAGUCUAGCAUUUGAGUUUUGUAAGUUUGAUUGACCGCUUUCACUCCACCAUGCGGGCAAACACAAGACAGCCAAAGUAAAGCUAGCAUCGGCUCAUCUCAACGAGACACCUUCAGUGAACGGUAGUGGAUGGAAACAAGCAUUCAUUUCCCAAUUUGUAUUUGCACAUUUUUCUAAAAAUUCUGUUAAAAUGGAAAUCUUUUAGAUGGAAACCUGGCUACAGAGACCAGGGUCCAUGUUCUGAUCCACCCAUGGCACCUUGAUCAAUCGACAUGCUACGUGCACGGUACAGUAGACAGAACCAUUCGCCACUUGCUGUGAACACCUGGAACCGGAUCGGCAGGAUCUGCCACAUUUGCUUCGCUGUGGACUUUUCAAGUUUGAGCAUGUUUCUUGAUCUGUAAUGAAACUAAAACUCAUCCCUGAGUUUAACAGAGCAAGUUUCGCUGAACAUUUUGGCACCUUCGUCAUGUAAACCUUUUGUUCUCGGUACUUUGUUAUGCUCAGUUCCUGCGGUGGAUUAACAGAGCCGACACAUUGUCCGAAGCUUUAUUUAAAAAACAGAACUGGAUCCAUACCUUUCAGCCCAAAAGUCUUUAGCUCAGUCCGAAUAGCUGCAACAACAGGGAGCACUAGUUUCUGCACCUGAGCAUUCGGUUUCACGGGAUACAAAUGCCCAAGGAAAGAUUGUUUGAGGGGUUUUGUAAGGACUUGUGGAUCGUCUGUCGGAAGGUGUGAUUCACUUAAAGGCUUAUUUUUAGGAUUCAAAGAUCAUACCACAGCUUUAAAAGAACACAAGUUUUGCCCACAUCUAACCUUUUGUUAAUGUGUAUUCUUUAAACUUUUCCCAAAUCAUCCAUUGGCGUUUAGCUGGGUUUUCUUCCUUCCAUGCAGCCUUUAGUGUCAGUUUGUUUCUCUGAAACGUAACUGGCAGUGACAUAAGAUUUGGGCGAAGACCACGAAGAUCCACGAAGACCUGGUCCAUCGAAUCACUCUGCAAUAGGGCCCUACUUGUUCAUAAAGCUUCACUAUUUUACUGGUUUUAAGUUGGUGGUGGAAUUUUCUUUCUAAUUUUCUUUUUAAAGGUAAUUUAAAAUAAUGUUUUUGUUGUUGCAUAGAUUGUGUUAAUUAACUGUGGUCAUGUAAAUUUUCUCAUCCGUGUCCCAAAAUGUCCCAAAAAGUUCCCAAAAAAACAGUUCUUUCAAUUCGGUGAGUGAGAACACCUGGACGAGCGACGAGAAAGGAAGCCGAGUCGCAACAAAGCGCAGUGGUCCUCUACUCCCUCUACUUCCUGCACCCGUGGUCCUCUACUUCCUGCACCCGUGGUCCUCUACUUCCUCUACUUCCUGAGCCCGUGGCCCGUGAUGGAGUUGUAUUCAUACAGGAGUUGUAGUUUUCAAACGUGUGUUCUCGCUGCCAGGAUGAAGCUGCUGUCUUUUGCUUUGUAAAUGAUUGUGGUCUGAUGUUAACUGUAAUUGGGUGUUUUUCGUACAGUAUUUUUUUAUCCCAACUGGUCUACGUUUGUGCACUGAGUAUUAAAUAUGUUGCACAGUU